AGAUCUCUUUCCCACUCUUUCCGUUGCUUUCCGUUUUUUCGUAUCGUGGUGAAUUUUGGUGUUUGUUCUCUCUUGUGGGGCUAAGGUCGUAUCUGACGACUUACACCGGUUUUAAGUUCCAUCCAUUCUGUAGUAAUCAAAUCCAAGUUCAAAAAAUGACGACCGAGGCCGAGCUUGCGUGCGUUUACUCUGCUUUGAUUCUCGUUGAUGAUGAUAUCGCCGUAACUGGUGAGAAAAUACAAACAAUUUUGAAAGCAGCAAACGUAAACGUUGAAUCUUAUUGGCCUGGACUGUUUGCUAAAGCCUUAGAAGGUAUAAAUGUUAAGGAAUUAAUUACCAACAUCGGUUCUGGCGUUGGAGCAGCACCUGUAGGAGCAGCUCCGGUCGCUGCAGCACCUGCUAGUACUGAAGCUGCCCCAGCCAAAGAGGAAAAGAAAAAAGAAGAACCAGAGGAAGAAUCAGAUGAUGACAUGGGUUUUGGUUUAUUCGAUUAGGUUCAGAGAUUAGAAUCGUGUUGGUCCACUUCUUUUUAUAUAUGUACAGCAAUCACAGUGUACACAUAACGUAAACAAUGAAACAUUUUCAUUUAUAAGAAAA